CGAAGACUAAGUACUCCGAGAUUCCUAGGUCCGAAGAUUGAGUGAAAGAAAAUUUGUGUUAGACACACUGAUUAAACAUCUUCAUUGUAGACAGAAGAAGUUGUAAGUAGUGGAUGUCGUUUGGUCUAUUUGAAGGUGUUAGGAGUGGUACAGAAAUGCAUCGGCCGGGAUGGACUGUUGUGGCGGUUAUCGUACUCGAAUUAAGUCAUAGCUCGCAUGCUAAUUGGUGGUACUUGGGAAUGCCGUCGGCCCUGGAUGAGACGUCCCUUCCGGCUGCAGCGUCUUUCGAUGAUUUUUGCAGACAUCAUCUAAGCCCUGCAAUAAAACACAGCAGCAGGGAUAUCUGCUCUCUCAAACGGCCAACAUUGGAAACUAUAGGCCGCGGUGCUCAAAUGGGUAUCGAAGAAUGCCAACGACAGUUUCGCAUGAGUCGAUGGAACUGCUCGACGCAACCGGAGGACACGAAGGUCUUUGGAGGUGUCUUGAGUAUCAAUAGUCGGGAGAAGGCGUUCGUGCACGCGAUAUCCUCUGCGGGAGUCGCGUACUCAAUUACGCGCGCGUGCAGCCGCGGUGAGUUGCAUGAGUGUGGCUGCGACUCCGCCAUUCGCUCGAAAGGCACUCGCGGCCGCUGGCAAUGGGGUGGCUGCUCCGAAGAUGUCGCUUAUGGCGCUCGAUUCUCCAGGGAUUUUGUGGACGUAGGAGAAGAUACAGGCAGCGCACAAGGUCUCAUGAAUCUUCAUAAUAACGAGGCAGGCCGAAAAGCUCUCCGUAAUAAUCUGGAAUUAGCCUGCAAAUGUCACGGUGUCUCAGGCUCUUGCUCACUGCAGGUGUGCUGGAGGCGUCUCAAGGAGUUUCGAGCCAUAGGGGAAGAGCUGAUGCAGCGUUAUGAUGGGGCAACUCAGGUGCAAGCUUCACUGAGUCGAGGCAGGGCAAAACUGAAGCCAGUAAUGCGCGAAGUGAAACGGCCUGGCAAAAAGGAUCUCGUCUACAUCGACGAUAGCCCGGACUACUGCCAAAAGAAUGAAACGCUAGGCGUGUAUGGCACUAGCGGACGAGCUUGUAACGCCUCAAGCUACGGACUUGACGGAUGCCGUCUGCUGUGUUGCGGACGGGGCUACGUGACCAUCGUACGAGAAGUUGAUGAGAAAUGUAACUGCAAGUUUGUGUGGUGCUGUGAGGUUAAGUGCGAAACCUGUCGAGUCAAGAAGGUUGAACACUUCUGCAAGUGAUAAACGAAGUGGCCCUCAGAGAAAUUCCCACAUUACACUGAUAUGCUAUAAUGCGAAGAUAAAUAUUUCCAACUGAAACUGACAUAACCUAGAAGAAGUUUACUAGCGGCUAACUUAAACCGAUUACAAGACUAGAUAAUCAGAUUAGUGAACACCAAUCUGAUGUAAAAUAGGCGACAACUCACAAAAAGGCACAAUAUCAGGCCCGCAUGCGUCGCAUUAUACCGUUAACAGCCUGAUCGACUAGAAGCGGCCACACAUCCAACGACCUUUUUUCUAAGUUGAUGUCGGUGACUCACAGAUAUUUAGACUCAUCACACAAACUCUUUGUCGUCAGGGCUAGAUUUGUGUAAGUUUCAAUGUCGGUCAGUUGAAACCCGUAUUCCAUGAAAAAUUUCUUAAUCAUAUUUCAAGCAGUCGGAAAAAACCAUAUGGUAAACUUCUUUAGAUCACACGAACUUAUUUUGCCACAAAUUUGCUUUGAGUCGACACCUUUCUAAAAUUAAGGAUAUUUAAGUUUUAUCAGAACAGUCUAAUUAUAAGUAGUCAUUUCCUACGUGCUCAGUAUUCGAUUCAAGCGAUCAUUAACAACUAGCGAACUACUGAGCUUGAUAUUAGCAAACGAACCACAUCUGAAAAGGAAGUAUCUUUUGAACUUUAUCAGAACGCGAGGUCUACUUUACCAGGCUUCAAUGGCCUCACGCUUUUCGACGAGUUUAUCUCUGUUGAAAUGUUGCAACUGUUGCAAUAUACAAUAAGCAUACAAUUUCCAAAUACUACCGAAGCAGCACAUAUCCAUAUCAAUCACUUUGAUUGUUCUGCAUAGCGUUCCUUCAUUUUAUUUCAACAUUCCACUAUUUCCAUAUAUAUAUAUAUAUAUAUAUAUAUAUAUAUAUAUAUAUCUGUGAAUGAUGUAAAAAAAAUCAAAAUUAUUACAUAGUCUGCUUGUCGGCCUAUGUGUGGGCCAUUCAUGUAGUCUAUGCAAAAAAAGAGUGUCCAGCGUAGCGCCAUUUUGAAAAUUGUCUUUACGAUACGAUUUAUAUAUGAUACGUUAAAUUCUCGUUCGCGGUCAGUUGGACGAAGUAUACAGUACUAUAGCAAAUCACAUAUUAAUUUUAUACGGUACGAGCAUUAUCACCCGUAGUGUAUGUGACGUAAUCACUUCCAGCAACAUUUGACCUGCCAUUAGAUAAAUCGUAAAUUGGAAAAAGGACCGAAGUGGGACUCAUCGAUUUGACA